CUUUUGACCUUCCUCGUCGACAAUACCGCGAUUGCACACCUACAACCGAUAUGGCCUCUCUCGCCGGAAGCUCCUCCCCAGACAAGCAGCUCCAGCUCCAGCCCCACCAAGCUCAAAGGCAAGACGGCCCAGGCCUUGACCCUCCUUCCCUAGACGUUUCCUCGACAUGACAGAUGCCAGAUGAAAAACACGAGGUGGGCAAUCCUGUCACGCCUGCCCGCUUCCUCGGCCUCCUCAUUCGAAGUAAUUACGGCCGCCCGGCGAUGCCCCGAUAUGAGGCUGAGCUCCAGCCAACUGCGGUUGGCCUUGCACGCGCGCGAACAGACGAACCACAAGGACGAUCGCAAUCCGAGCCACGUCCACCCGCGGCACCAAUCCCCAAGGUCUUGUGUGUGUGUGUGUGUGCGGAAGGUUUGUUGGUGCCUGCCUCGGCGCCCCCUUGCAGAUAAGCACUGCCCAGCCCGCUCCUCUGACGUUUGCCUGGGCCGAAAACCAAACACACUUGCAUUUCCUCCCCGUAUCGACCUGCCAAGCGUCCUGGGUGGCGCAGUGAGAGCUGGUGCGAGCUUCCGUUUCCAGUGUAGCUUCCCCGGAUGACAGCGGCUGGGCAGACAAACACCACUCCGCUUGCCCUUGGCAUCAAGCCCAAACAAUGACAUGUACGUACCCUACAAACCUGGCUGUUUGUCGUGCGUCGCAGUGUAAGCAAUAAGCGUGUCGGUAUCACGGCCAGGGUGGGGCCCCCACCCGGGCGCAACGGUCGUAUCACGGCGGCCCAUGGCAGGACCGCAUCCUGGCCUUACCAAGGUGGUGGUUGAGGGGUUCUGGGCAUGGGAAGUAAGCCAGACUCGGCGAGCAAAUUACGCCGCCAGGGGUCCGGGGCUGGGAACCGCGGGAUAGCCUUGGCCGCUCUCGACGUUAAAUAGGGGCCUACCUGUACCGCUCCGCCCCGAAUUCCGACGACCUCUUCUUCGGUCCCCCCCGCCCCCAGCCUUCUCCAACCUUGUGCCUCCCCGGGUUCAUCAGCUGCCUCGUGAAUUCAGACCGCGCUCCGCCGGCAAGCAAGGAAUAGAGAUCACGGCUUCACUGCUAGUCUCUCGAUCCCAAAUACACACACCUUCUUGCAGGAGACAGCGCGCGAGAGCAAACCACCACAAUGCAGCUCACCAGCACCCUGCUCAUGGCCCUGGCCGCCACCUCGGUCAGCGCCUGCGGCGUCGCCCCCGUCUCCCUCCCGCGUUCGGUCAACUCCAUCUUCGCGAGGGGCUCGGGCGCCAAGGUGUACACGCUGGAGACCGCCCCCGGCGAGACCAUCCAGGUGACUGAGGAGGAGAAGCUCGCGCUUAUGGACCGGAGGGUUCACUUCUUCGACAUUACCGAGUGGCCCGAGGCGCCCAACGCCAUGCUCGAGGGCGUCCAGAAGCGGGCGGCGCUCCCCUACCCGAGCGCGCUGACGCACCGGUGCAACGCCACCAAGGCGGCCGCCAAGCUCAGCAAGGACAACAUGCAGGCCAACGUGGAGCGCUUCUCGGCCUUCCACAACCGCUACUACAUGAGCAACUGGGGCGUCCAGAGCGCCGAGUGGCUGCACGGCCAGAUCAAGGCCGUCCUGGACCAGUACGGCCACCCGUCGGCCAACAUCCGCUACGUGAGGCACAACGCCUGGGCCCAGCCGAGCAUCAUCGUGACCCUGCCCGGCCAGACGGCGCGCACAGUGGUGGUCGGCGGCCACCUGGACUCCAUCAUCUCGGGCGACCGCGGCACCGGCAGGGCUCCUGGAGCUGACGACAACGCCUCCGGCAGCAUGACGAUCCUGGAGAGCAUGCGCGUCUUCCUGCAGGACCCCCGGGUCCGCGCCGGCGAGCUGACCAACACGGUCGAGUUCCACUGGUACGCGGCCGAGGAGGCCGGCCUGCUCGGCAGCCAGCAGAUCUUCACCGAGUACGCGACGUUCCGGCGGCAGGUGGUGGCCAUGCUGCAGCAGGACAUGACGGGCUACAAGGGCCGCGACGGCCGGGAGCGCUUCGGACUCAUCACCGACUUUGUCGACGCCGACCUCGUCGCCUUCCUCAAGCUGGUCAUCGGCGGCUACACCGACAUCCCCUACGAGGAGGGCCUGUGCGGCUACGCCUGCUCGGACCACGGCUCGGCCUUCCGCAGCAACUUCCCGUCCGCCUUUGUGUUCGAGACGGUGUUUGGGAACCACAACCCCCACAUCCACACGCCCAACGACACGGUCGAGCACAUCUCGUACGACCACAUGAUCCAGCACGCCAAGAUGAUCACGGGCUACCUGUUUGAGCUGGCGUGGUGGGGUUUCGCCUAGGUGGCGGCGGCUCCUGAUGAUGAACUUGGACCUUGUUGAGCGGAUACAUGAUGAUUUUGAUGAUGGGUAUAUGCGUGGGUACACGUAAAUAGUAAUGAAGACAUAAUGAUAGACAACAAUAGCGUCCUUUUCCUAGUAGUGAUGUGUUUUUGUGAAUUACAUUCCCUCCCGGUUUUCGUAUGUGAAGUAGAGCUUGGUAGC